AUUGAUUGUAUCGAUCUGAAGUACGAGGCCGACCAAAACGCGUUGUGAAGUACAGAGCGGGGUACGACAUGUGGACGUACGUAGCUGGGGAUAAGAGGCUACCGAGUGCGAGCUUCUUUAUCAUCUCCUAAUGCAGGCGUUGACCAAAGUCCAGUUCAGUGGACGUCUUGGAUGUCACACACGCGAGUCCAUCCGCCUAGCCUCGAAGAACUUGCGGCAGAUCUUGAGCGACAAGGGCGCGUUCGUCUCAAUGCUGCGCUAAUAGAGGCCCGUGACAUUGAAGAGAGACUUCAAAUCAUAGCCUCAGCUUCGGCCUCAGCCUCGCCAUCUGUUACUGCUACCUCUGCCGCUCAGCAACAGGUUCAGUCCGCCCACUCUGCUGCUCCUGAGUACGACCAAAAAGCCGAAAAUUGGGCUCGAGGUGCUGGUGCCGGCCCAAUUACGCCGAAGGCACCCCCUGAACAACCACAGCCAGCUAGUCAGCCACUAUUCAAUGACGAACCCCAAGCUUGGAUUCCGCGCGCUGUGCAACGGGAUAGUGCCUUUGCCCUCACUCUAACUCUGCCAUCACCGUCGAGCAUGCUCGCCUGUCUGCUACCACUCCUGCUCUUGCCAACUUUGUCUUCUGCGUACUCGUUCAACUUCGGCAGCACGCCCGAGGAAUGCGAGGGCCUCACCAUCUCCCUCACUGGCUCUGGUAACCCGCCUUAUAGCGUUUUAAUCAUCCCUUUCGGUCCUUCUCCCCUGCCCAACAAUACCGAAGUCCGCACAAUCUUCCAGCAGAGCUUUAGUGGCACUUCGACCUCAUUCCAGCUGAAAUACCCUCAAAACUCCCAGUUCGUUGCUGUCGUCAGUGACAGCUCCGGCUUUGGCUCAGGAGGCACCAGUGGUGUUGUGACAGUUUUGUCGGGAGGGGGUUCAAGUUGUUACAGCACCGAUUCUAGCGUCGCCCCGCUUUGGGUAUACAGCCUCGUCCCCAAUAGCCUUACACAGUGUGCAAACACACGUAUCUGGUGGGAUCCUGCAGCUAAUGUUUCAGGGACUCCGUUCUUUCAAGGAAUAAUUCCUGGUGGCCAGUCCUUCUCCGUCCCCGUUCCCGCAAAUAAUCUAUCGCAAGUUCCUGAACAAGGCAUAGGGUUUAACUGGACCCCGUCCGUGCGCGCAGGAACGACUGUCAUCUUGCUUGGAGGUGACAAUCACGGGCCAGGUACAGGAGGAAGCUCAACCUACAUUGUCAAUUUUGGUGACAACUCUUGUCUUAACGACCAAUCGCCGUCUUCAACGCCUGGUUCUCCUGCGGGUGGGAGCUAUCCAACGAGUACGUCCGGUGCGGGUAUAGGUAGUAGUAGCUCUGGACAUCAUACAGAUGUGGGUGCCAUCGUCGGCGGAGUAAUUGGAGGUGUUGUCGGGGCUGUCGCGCUGGCCCUUGUAAUUGUGUUUUUUGUCCGCCGACGCCGCUUCCACGAAACACAGAAGCAGAGGCCGAUGGAUCUCCUUCACGAAAACGACGGCAGUAACGACAAUCUCCCACAAUUCUACAGGCCUGAGCCCUUCGUUGUUCCCGGGCCGUCGGCAUCAUCAACUGCAGUAAAUACAGGUCCCGAGGUUCGCGCUGCGACGGAUACCCGACCGAGCCUCGACCAGCGCAACUCACACUAUUCGGCGCUCACCGCCGAGCAGGCUCAGUCUCUGCGUGCGUCUACGCCCGAUCAGUCGGCUUCCACCUCCACGUACUUGCGCAAGUCGCCUGCGCCACCCAGCUUCCGACCCGUUAACAUCGUGCAGCAUGAAGAUGCCGGCCCCAGGGCAGACAUGGAAGAGCCCGAGCCCGAGACAAUCGAACUGCCCCCCGCGUACACAAAUAUUCGACCGACUGCACCACCAUCACCACCACCACCACCACCUGCCUCUACUGGAGAAGUCCUCUCUUCAUAGGCAUCAAGCCGCUCAUCGUAAGCUGCGACAUUCGUAAGCAUGCUGGACCACUCACUGAAUGAUCUGCAGUGACCAUUUCUCCCUGUUUUACUUUCGUAGUACCUUCAGAGCUGUGUCACUCUUUCGCUUGCCUCGCGCGGACGUUAUAUUCGCUCGUGGCGAGCAAGUCCCGAGACUAACUGGAUUACGUCGGAUAGGGCUGUCAUUACUCUUUCCUUAAUGUCCUUCUCUGGUACACUCUUUUACGGACUCUUCGUUCGUGCAUUACUGUGAUUUAUCAUUGAAGAUUACGCCCCCUCCACCGCUUCCUUAACCAAUCAUCCUACAUUACAUGUAAUCAUCGCCAAUUGUGCGGUUUGUUGAACUAACACAGCCACUCGCGCGAAACACUGUCAGCUCUAGUGACUUCGUCAAUUGACCAGUAUCGAGUCUGUGCCCGCGCAGCUAAGUCGAUGCAACGAGUAAAGGUAUGUGCCUGAGCAGACGUGUCGCUUACUAGCCUGGAUAUGCUUGCGGGAAUGGUGUCCAGCGGUGGUCACAGCAGUUUCCUUUCGCUACGCGGCUUCUGUUGGCAUAGAGUAUAUGGUC